AUGAGUGGUAUCUUCGACGGUAUCCAGCGCCCGCUGGAGGCCAUCCAGAAGAGCACCAUGUCCAUCUACAUCCCCCGCGGUAUCGACACCGAUGCCCUGGACAAGGACAAGCCCUGGGAGUUCGUCCCCUCGGAGAAGCUGCGCGUCGGCGACCACCUCGCCGGUGGUGACGUCUUCGGCAAGGUCUACGAGAACUCCCUGGUCGAUGUGCUGAUCCUGGUCCCCCCCCGUGGCCGCGGUACCAUCACCUACAUCGCCCCGGCCGGCAGCUACUCCCUGCGUGACACCGUCCUCACUCUGGAGUUCAACGGCAAGAAGCACAACUACACCAUGAUGCACAACUGGCCCGUGCGCCAGCCCCGCCCGGUGGCCGAGAAGCUCAACGCCGAUCACCCCCUGUUCACCGGCCAGCGUGUCCUGGACUCCCUCUUCCCCAUGGUCCUCGGUGGUACCUGCGCCAUUCCCGGCGCCUUCGGCUGCGGCAAGACCGUCAUUUCUCAGUCCCUCUCCAAGUACUCCAACUCCGACUGCAUUGUCUACGUCGGCUGCGGCGAGCGCGGCAACGAGAUGGCCGAGGUCCUCAAGGACUUCCCCGAGCUGACCAUCGAGCACAAUGGCCGUGAUGAGCCCAUUCUCCAGCGUACCUGCCUGGUGGCCAACACCUCCAACAUGCCGGUCGCCGCUCGUGAGGCCUCCAUCUACACCGGUAUCACCCUGGCCGAGUACUUCCGUGACAUGGAUUCCGGCUACCCCGCCUACCUGGGUGCCCGUCUGGCCUCUUUCUACGAGCGCGCCGGUAAGGCCCGCUGCCUGGGCUCCCCCGACCGUCUUGGCUCCGUGUCCAUCGUCGGUGCCGUCUCCCCCCCGGGUGGUGAUCUGUCCUGCCCGGUUGUCUCGGCCACCCUCGGUAUUGUCCAGACCUUCUGGAGCCUGGACAAGAAGCUGGCCCAGCGCAAGCACUUCCCCUCGGUCAACUGGUCCAACUCCUACUCCAAGUACGAGAAGGCCCUCGAGCCCUACUACGACACCUUCGACUCGGAGUUCGUCGCCCUGCGCACCAAGAUCCGCCGCAUCCUCCAGAAGGAGGAGAGCCUCAGCGAGAUUGUCCAGCUGGUCGGCAUGAGCGGUCUCGCCGAGUCCGACAAGCUCACCCUCGAGGUGGCCAAGAUCAUCAAGGAUGACUUCCUCGCUCAGAACGGCUACUCCGACUACGACUACAACUGCCCCUUCUACAAGACCGUCGGCAUGGUCCGCAACAUUGCCACCUUCUACGACCUGGCCAUCAACGCCAUCGAGUCCACCGCCCAGUCCGACCGCCGCGUCACCUGGCAGGUCAUCCGCGAGGAGCUCGGCGACAUCCUCCACCAGCUCAGCUCCAUGAAGUUCAAGAACCCCACCGAGGGUGAGGCUGCCGUCCGCAAGCACAACGACGACCUCUUCGCCAACAUGAAGGAUCGCUUCCGCCAGCUCGUUGAGAACUAA